AUGUCCGAUUCCCCAAACGAGCGGAUCCCAGAUGAAGACUCGACAACCACAGAUGCCCCACUUACAAUGGCUGCUUCGGUUGUGCUUGCGCAGUUGCCGCGGGAUGCAGCGAGGGCGCUGGAGGGGGCAGGAGGGGUGGGGGUUGAGAAGGUAACAAUCCGCCUCCAACCAAUCGGCUCAGCACCCCACCUAACCCAACGCCUCUUCAAACUCUCCACCUCCCAACGCUUCGACACAAUCCCGCGCUUCCUGCGCAAGCGCCUCGGUCUCGCGCCCCACGAGAGCUUGUAUUGUUAUGUUGGCAGUGUCUUUGCGCCGGCGCUGGAUGAGGGCGUUGGGAAUUUGUGGGCGGAAAUGGCCAUGUAG